GAGACUGCAUUACACAUUGCUGCUAAGAAUGGUCGUAUUGACGUCAUCGAAUGUUUGAUUAGCCAUGAAGCUGAGGUCGAAUAAGGAGGAUAAUAAUGGUGAGACUGCAUUACACAUUGCUGCUAAGAAUGGUCGUAUUGACGUCAUCGAAUGUUUGAUUAGCUAUGAAGCUGAGGUCAAUAAGGAGGAUAAUCAUGGUGAGACUGCAUUACACAUUGCUGCUAAGAAUGGUCGUAUUGACGUCAUCGAAUGUUUGAUUAGCCAUGAAGAUGAGGUCAAUAAGAAGGAUAAUCAUGGUGAGACUGCAUUGCACAUUGCUACUAAGAAUGGUCGUAUUAACGUCAUCGAAUGUUUGAUUAGCCAUGAAGAUGAGGUCAAUAAGAAGAAUAAUCAUGGUGAGACUGCAUUGCACAUUGCUACUAAGAAUGGUCGUAUUAGCGCCAUCGAAUGUUUGAUUAGCCAUGAAGCUGAGGUCAAUAAGGAGGAUAAUCAAGGUGAGACUGCAUUACACAUUGCUGCUAAGAAUGGUCGUAUUGACGUCAUCGAAUGUUUGAUUAGCCAUGAAGUUGAGGUCAAUAAAGAGGAUAAUCAAGGUGAGACUGUAUUACACAUUGCUGCUAAGAAUGGUCGUAUUGACGUCAUCGAAUGGUUGAUUAACCAUAAAGCUGAGGUCAAUAAAGAGGAUAAUCAUGGUGAGACUGCAUUGCACAUUGCUACUAAGAAUGGUCGUAUUGACGUCAUCGAAUGUUUGAUUAGCCAUGAAGCUGAGGUCAAUAGUGAGGAUAAUCAUGGUGAGACUGCAUUACACAUUGCUGCUAAGAAUGGUCGUAUUGACGUCAUCGAAUGUUUGAUUAGCCAUGAAGCUGAGGUCAAUAAGGAGGAUAAUCAUGGUGAGACUGCAUUACACAUUGCUGCUAAGAAUGGUCGUAUUGACGUCAUCGAAUGUUUGAUUAGCCAUGAAGCUGAGGUCAAUAAGGAGGAUAAUCAUGGUGAGACUGCAUUACACAUUGCUGCUAAGAAUGGUCGUAUUGACGUCAUCGAAUGUUUGAUCAGCCAUGGAGCUGAGGUCAAUAAGUGA